AUGCACUUCCUCUACUGUGGCGUACGAUUUUGUGAUUCUGGUGCCAAAAUGGAUUUCGUAUUGAAGGUUCUAUUGAUAGUUAUGGUAGUAUGGACCAAUAAGCUAACAGCCGCUCCCAGAAAGCCAAGAUUAAGUUUAGCAGCACAGAGCCCAAGCUAUUAUUUUAAAGAUGUUGAUGGUAUAUUAGGGACCUACUCUUUUGGUUAUGACGUGCGUGAUCAACAAACCGGAAACAUUCAAUUCCGGACUGAAGAGAAAUAUCCAAAUGGUACAGUUGUCGGCAGCUACGGGUAUGUCGACCCUACAGGAAAAUCCCAAAGAUUUGAUUAUGUAGCCGAUGGAGAAGGAUUGUUACAUGGCGGAUCCUUAACGCAGAAUUAUGAGCAAUCGCCUUCCCAAAUACAUACGAUAUCUACCGAACCAUCUAUUUCUUGGAGUCGGCCGAGAAAGCCGCAUAAGAAGAAGACACAACCUCUAAAAACAUUAUCGAAUAUUUUAGUGCCACCACGCUUUACUGUUAUUGAU